GUUUAUUAAUAUUUCACAUGUUUGCUCACGUGAAAAUUCAGGAAUUUCUAUAUAUUUUUUUUCGAUAAAAAAUUCCAAACUUUUGCAACAUGGAUAACGAAGAUUUUUACGAUGAUCUUGAAGAAGAUGAUGGUCAUUCAUUCGAUGAUUAUAAUGAUGAUGAAGCUAAUGUUGUUGGUAUCGAUGAUAAAUGUGAAGAAAUGUCAAUGGCAAACGAUCCACCAAAAAAUAAACUAAUUACAAACCUAGAAAAAUUGACCAAAUCUAAACGAUUACAUCGGGAAGAAUGCCGAAAAAUUCGUGGCAAAGAAAAACGCUUACGACGAAAACGUAAAAAGGAAUUAGGAUUACCGAAACAAAUACCACGAACAAUUGAAAACACUCGAACACCGAAUGAUGACCGAGUUGAUGCCGAUGAUGAAGAGAUUCAUCUGGAUGAAUCAUUGGAUGAAAUGGCCACAUAUUUUAGCAAACAAAUUCCACCCAAAGUUUUGAUCACAUCUAGCCAUAAUUCACAUCGACGAACAAUCCGAUUUUGUCGUGAAUUACGUGAUACGAUCACAGGAUCUGAAUUAAGGUGGCGAAAAAAAUGUCCCAUGAAGAAACUUGUUAAAUGUGCCAAUGAUCGUGGUUAUACUGACAUUUUGGUCGUCAAUGAAGAUUGGUCCAAACCAAAUGGAUUACUACAUAUACAUCUACCGAAUGGACCUACCGCUUUUUAUAGACUUAGUAGUAUCCGUUAUUGUAAAGAGAUUAAAAAUCGGGCCUCGUACAACAAUAGCCAUCCGGAAAUUAUUGUCAACAAUAUGACCACACGUCUUGGCCAUUCAAUCGGUCGAAUGUUAGCAUCAUUAUUUCAUUUUGAACCACAAUUUCGUGGCCGUAAAGUGGUUACAUUUCAUAAUCAACGUGAUUAUAUUUUUUUCCGUCAUCAUUUAUAUGAAUUCAAACAGAGUGAACGUGUUGCCAUUCGUGAACUUGGUCCAAGAUUCACGAUGAAAUUACAAUCACUACAACAUGGAACAUUCGAUUCUAAACACGGAGAAUAUGAAUGGAAAUUGCAACGUCAUGAACAGGGUGUAAAUCGAAGAAAAUUUUUCCUUUAAAUAAAUUUAAUAUGAUUGAAAUUGGAAUAAUUAU